CAAAUAUGAAUAAGAGAUGAAUUAAAUUUAAAUUCAACAAUAAAAACACUAAUAUUUAAUUAUUUGAUCAAAGUUAAAAGCGCAUUUAGCUAAAAGCACAUACACUGAAAACUCAUCCACUUGGAAAAUACAUUUUUCCUCUAAAAUUGGCUUAAUCUAAUAAAUUUCACAAAAAUCGAUUUAAUCGGGUAAUUAUGGUUAAAAAUCAACAUUUUGUGCUAAUUCACCCAAGUGAGUGCUUGUUGAGUUGAAAUCCAAGGACCGGCGCGUGAAAAAAAGAAAAGAGAGAAAAUGAGGAAGAAAAGAGGGGAUUAGAGUGGGAGCCACCACCCAUGUGCUCUCCUUCCUGUCUCCACCAGCUCCUGCCGCUCAAUCAUUGGCACUCUCUCUUCUUUCAUUUCAUCUCCAAUUUCCAUUUCCACUUCUUUCUAAAUAUUCGGUUGCUUCUUUUAAUCCCCCUUUAUCCCCCAAACAGCACCCCAAAUCUUUUUAGUUUCAGUCCACAACUGAACUAGAAGGGCUAUACAAACAAACAAAUUCUGGGUAAGAGUGUGCUACUCCUGUUCCCACCAUGUCUAAUUCGGAGGGUGGUGCCACCAACGGAGCUAUAAUGGACCCUCAGAGACAGCAAGCCACGGUUAAUGGUUCCCUUGCCAUAAAAAAAACUCCUUCUAAAGACCGUCACAGCAAAGUCGACGGUCGUGGCCGAAGAAUCAGGAUGCCUAUCAUUUGUGCCGCUCGUGUUUUCCAGUUGACUCGUGAGUUGGGUCACAAAUCCGAUGGUCAGACAAUCGAGUGGCUCUUACGCCAGGCUGAACCUUCCAUCAUUGCCGCCACUGGCACCGGGACCACUCCCGCCAGCUUCUCCACCAUGUCUGUUUCCGUCCGUGGCGGAGCUAAUUCUACUUCUCUAUCGUCCACCACUGCUUCUCCGUCUUUGGAUCAUAAGCCUUUGUUGGGUCCCACCCCAUUUAUACUCGGGAAACGUGUCAGGUCCGACGAUGAUAACCCCGGAAAGUAUGAUACCGGAGGAGUCAUGGUAGGACCAGGAGUUGUGGGGCCCGCUGGUGGAUUCUGGGCUCUUCCAGGCAGGGCAGACUUUGGUCAAUUGUGGAGUUUCCCGCCCCCAGCGGAGAUGGCGGCUCAUCAACCUGCUGCUGCGUUGUUCGUUCAGCAACAGCAAGCGAUGGGAGAAGCGUCGGCGGCUAGAGUUGGUAAUUAUCUUCCUGGUCAUCUGAACUUGUUAGCCUCGUUGUCGGGUGCUCCAGGAAGUUCGGGUCGGAGAGGCGAGGAUCCUCGUUGAAUUUGGCUGGACAAGUUUACCCCUGUUAUCGGGAGUAUAUAUAUAGCUUGGUUUUGAUGUGUGUGGAUGUGGAAGAGGGUUUUUAGGUGCAGGCGUGCAGCUUUAGGGUCAGGGAAUUAGGGGUAAAUUUUGGGGACAUUUGGUUGAUGAUUAAUUAGGGUUGUAGAGCCGUCACAAAUUGUUCACGAUUGUGAGAGUUCAUGCGAGGGAGAAUUUGGGGCUUGGAGCCACAGACAGGGAGAGAUCAUGGUACUUGGGGAUAUAUAUGGCAUGGUAAGAAUGGAGUUAAAGCUACUCGUUUUCAGACGAUGAAGCUGCAAAACUAAUGGUCGAUUCUUCUUGUUUUUACACAUCAUUGGGUGAUUGGGAGAUUUGCCCUGGAUCAUACUAGCAAUUGACUCACCGUUGUGGCAUAUGGUCUUCGUAAUUAUGAUUCUGUUUUUGAGAAUCAUUAGUUAGUUUGCUGCGUACCAUUGAAUUUAUGGCUCUCAAGGUGUUGGAUUUAUGUCUCUCUCUCUCUCUCUCUUUCUGUUUCUGCCUUCGGUGUCAGUCUUUAUGUCGAUCACAUGAUCUUAAAGGGGACUGCUGUGUCAAUGAUUUAUUUUAAAAAAAAAAAAAGCAGCUCUGCUCUGCUUCCUUUCGGUAAGCCCCUCUCAUUUGGAUCAUUUUUAGCCACUUAUCAGCCUCCAACAAAUAAUUGUCUUCAUGCAAGUGGCUGCUUCUUUCUCACUUGGUUUGAUUUAUUAUGUAGUGUUUCAUAACUGGCGGCUUCACUCACUGGGUCUUGUAUGUGUUUUCAAUGGUAUAUUUGGGCAUGUUUUAGUAACAGCAACUGCUCCUAUCUUCUGCUUUAA